AUGAACAUCAACAGCAACAAAAUGAGCUGCUCUCCACCUGAAGGGAACACGUCGGUGCUAGGAGUGGAUGCCGAGGCCCUCUUUUAUCUGGAAGCGGCAGCCAACGCAUCCGAUGGGUUGUGGCCGGCGAACGACACCCAGGACCUGGAGGAUGGAGCAGCGUCAAGUCUCUACGACGUCCUUGUCCCCACGCUCUACUGCUUGGUGUGUGUGCUGGGGCUGACCGGCAAUUCGCUGGUCAUCUUCACCAUUGUCCACCAGGGCAGGAUGAGGACGGUGGCCAACAUCUACAUCUUCAACCUGGCAAUGGCAGACGGCCUCUUCAUGCUGGGCUUGCCAUUCCUCGCUCUGCAGAUCGCCCUCCGCCGCUGGCCCUUUGGCGGCUUCAUGUGUCGGCUGGUGAUGAUCCUCGACGGCAUUAACCAGUUCACCAGCGUUUUCUGCAUCACGGUGAUGAGCAUCGACAGGUACCUGGCUGUGGUCCACCCCAUCAGAUCGUCCAAGUGGCGCAGCCCAAGGCUGGCAAAGAGGGUCAGUGUCAUCCUCUGGGCGAUUUCCUUCAUUCCUGUCAUCCCUAUGGCCAUAUAUUCGGAUGUGGACGGCACUUUGGGUGUAUGUACUUUAAUCUGGCCGGAGCCCGUGUUUGUCUGGUCCACCGCCUUCAUUGUCUACACCUUUGUGCUGGGAUUUGCCCUGCCCUUCACCAUCAUCUUGCUCUGUUACAUCUUGUUGCUGAUGAGAAUAAAGAGCGUCCUGAUAUCAUCCCAUAGCAGCCAGGCUGAGAACUCAGAGAAGAAGGUCACCACCAUGGUCGUGGCCAUAGUGCUGGCCUUUGCUAUCUGCUGGCUCCCGUUCUACAUCAUCAACAUCUGCGCUGUCUUCCUGCCCAUCCCCGAUAGCUUCACCCUCAGGAGGUUCUUCGAGUUCAUGGUGGUCCUCUCCUACUUCAACAGCUGCGCCAACCCCAUUCUCUACAUCUAUCUGUCAGACACUUUCUGGAGAAGCUGCCAAGUGAUGCUGUGCCCCAGGCGGUGGGGGGGCAGGGAGGGGAUUGAACAUGUGGACACUGAACUGGAACAAAGCAGAAUGGUGUUGCUGCAGCAGGUAAAGAAAAUGCACACGCAGCUGAUCCAAACUUUAAUACUGCACCUCACCUAA